AUUGAUCAAAUUUAUAUUUGAAUUUCGAUUCCCUUCCAAAGUGAUGAUCUUUUUGCUUGAAACCCAUGUUUUUUUCUUAGUAACUUUUCUGGGUUUUUGCUUUGUUCCUCACGGAUCUUGUGUUUAUUGCUGAACUUUUGAUUACCCAAAAUGAAAAAGCUUUAUAGGAAACUGGUUCUGAUGAGAAACCCGUUGUCAAGGCAUUCGAGCAGAGUGUUCAACGAUAGGAAAUGGAUUAUACCAUUUCUCGCAAGCUUAUUAAUGUCGAUUACUUUGUUUUUCUCUGCCAUUUUUGGGGUUUUCAAUGCUCCUCACGGUGGAGAUCAGUUGCCAAUGCCACUUGACGUUGUUUCCGUUGCAAAAACGGAGGAUUCAAGUGGGUACUUUGUGGAAUCUGAUUUGAACAAAUUGUUCAACACCAUGGGUUCUUCGAGUCUCGAGGCGCCUAGGUUAGCAUAUCUUAUUUCAGGGACUAAAGGAGAUAGUAAUAGGAUGAUGAGGACAUUGCAGGCUGUUUAUCAUCCUAGGAAUCAGUAUGUUUUACAUUUGGACCUCGAGGCUCCACCUAGGGAAAGGUUGGAAUUGGCGAAUGCGGUGAAGAAUGAUCCGACUUUUGCCGAAGUAAAAAACAUUCGUGUAAUGGCGCAAUCGAACUUGGUGACGUAUAAAGGUCCGACGAUGAUCGCUUCUACGCUUCAAGCGAUUGCCAUACUGUUGAAGGAGAGCUUGGAGUGGGAUUGGUUUCUAAACUUGAGUGCCUCGGAUUAUCCACUUGUGACUCAAGAUGAUUUGUUGCAUGUUUUCUCCAAUUUGUCAAGAAAUUUCAAUUUCAUUGAACAUACGCAGAUUACUGGUUGGAAGUUGAACCAGAGGGCAAGACCAAUCAUUGUUGAUCCCGGCCUUUACUUGUCCAAAAAGUCCGACAUUGCUUGGACUACACAACGUCGAUCACUACCCGCAUCUUUCAAGUUAUAUACAGGUUCUGCAUGGGUAGCACUUACUCGAACCUUCGCUGAGUAUUGCAUAUGGGGUUGGGAUAACUUCCCAAGAACCAUGCUCAUGUAUUAUACAAACUUCAUUUCCUCUCCGGAAGGCUAUUUCCACACUGUUAUUUGCAACACCAACGAAUUUCGCAGCACCGCAUUAAGCCACGAUCUCCACUACAUUGCUUGGGACACUCCUCCGAAGCAACAUCCAAUCUCGUUGUCGAUGAAAGACUUUGACAAAAUUGUAAAAAGCAAUGCGCCCUUUGCUCGGAAGUUCCAUAAGAAUGAUCCGGUCUUGGAUAAAAUCGACAAAGAGCUUCUUGCUCGCACAGGCCGUUUUGCACCUGGAGCAUGGUGUAUAGGUAGUUCAGAGGGUGGAGCUGACCCUUGCGCCGUACGUGGUGAUGAUUCCGUGUUUAGGCCAGGCCCCGGCGCUGAGAGGCUGCAACGACUCGUAAACACGCUAUUGUCCGAAGAAUUUCGGAAAAAACAGUGUUCGUGAUAGCGGUAUAGAGUUGGAUCAGAUAAUCUCCCAAGUGUAAAUGGCUAUAUAUAUGCGUAGUUGGAAUUUUGUUUGUAAGCAUACAACGAUGGAUAUUCGAUAUACGACUACUUUAGUCA